GAAGGCCGAGUACAUUCCCGACAACCAGGAGCCCAGAACCCAAACCUGUCGCCACUAAUGGCCUCAAUGAAAGAGGUUCCGGAUCCUCCCACGGAACCAAAGCUUCGCACAUAGAGAAACCGGACGUGUCCCCCGUCGGGAUCCCCGGAACCCCUUCCAACAAGCCGGUGUCCAUUUCCAACACGGACCCGUCGCCCCCCUCUCGGGCCGUUCCCAACAGUUUCUCUUCAGAUCCGCCCAGGGGAUCCAGCAGGAUCUCUCCUUCCCUCCCGGCCCCCGGCACAAAGCAAGGCAAGGAGCCCCCACCUGUAACCUCCCGUUACACCUCCACUAUCCAACCCAAAGUUAGACUGCCUCUGUCUUCUAAAGAGACGCCCCCCACCACAAAAGCGACCGCACCUUUCCCAGACAAAGAGACAUCCUCUCUAUCCCCCGUAGACUCAUGCCCUGUUUCCGCUAAAGAGACAUCUCCUGUGGCGUCACGGACCUCCAGUAACAUUGACUCUAAAAUACAGAUGUUUUUAUCGAAGGAUAAAACCAGCGCCAAAGAACCUCCUUAUCUUGGGGUGUCGGUUCUAGACUCCAAGAACAAGAGCGUUCCACCAAAAGGCCCCGGAGACAUCAUCCAAAAAGAGCCACUUGGACGGACCCCGCGGGAACCCACCCAGGAGUUUAUAAGAGAUUCCCCAUCUGAUGGUUUCACAAAAGAGACGUCUUCCAAAAAGUUGCCUUCUGUAAUGAACAGAGAGACCUCGUUCUUGUCGGCACGGGAGCGGAUAAUGGGGCCCACUAUAAAGUCGCCUUACGGUUCUGCUAAGACUUUAGGGAACCCGGCUUCUCUGUAUGAAAUGUCUAAAGAGACCCGUUCAGAUGUCCCUUCUAGACAGAUAUCGAACGUGACCCUCAGCGAGAGCUUGAAGCCAAAAGAGACCGCAGAAUUUAGUUCUACGCAGUCUUUUCCCAAAUCUAGAGAAUCUCAAUCUAGACUCCAUGGUACUACAAGCAGCACCCUGUUGGGAUCGAGCACCCAGCAGCACCCAGAUACCCCACAGCGUACAGCCGAGACCUCGCCAGAUGGUGGGGAGGUAAAACGCCAGAAGACCGCCUCCAGUACCAUCACCCUGAAGUCUGUCAAGAUAGAAACCCAACCCAAGUCUGAGAUAAGUCAUGGUGGGACCAGGCACAACCAGCAGUCACUUCCCUUGGGCCGGGAGGGGUCUCAUUCACACCCGGGGUUGUCGGACACAAAAGAAACCUUGAGCAGAAGCCUUGGAACUGCCCCCGGCUUCGACCUGAGUCCCUCAAGCCAAGAGGUGCCGGAGGGCAGCGAAGUGAUAUUCAGGUGCAAAGUUUCGGGAGAUCCCAGACCGCGGGUCGAGUGGUUCCGAGAGAAUUCGGCGCUGGGGGAGAGGGACGGGGUGCGGAUCAGGGAAGGGGCUCGGAUUCACUCGCUGCACUUGCUGAAGGCACAGACGGGAGACAGCGGGAAUUACAGCUGUGAAGUCUCCAACGCGAGAGGGCGGGUGUCUCAUAGCUGGACCCUGAGCGUCACGCGGCGCAAGAUGGAGGCGGUCGCGCCUCGGUUUGUCCGCAAGCUACGGGGCUGCUCCAUUAUAGAGGGGGAGGAUUUUGUGUUGGAAUGUUCCAUUGAGGGGCAACCGGCUCCUGAGAUCUCGUGGCUGCUGAACGACCAGCCCAUACAAUAUGCCCACUCAGCGUAUGAAGACGGGGUGGCGAGGCUGCGGGUACAGGAUGCCCUGCCGGAGGAUGAGGGGGUAUAUACCUGCCUGGCACAGAACCGCGGCGGGAAGGUGUCCUGUUGUGCAACCGUCACUGUGACCGAAAAGAAGGCGGCAGAGGAGCCGGGGGGCGACCGAGAGCCAAAGAGCAGCCCCCCAAUAUUCCUGAAGCGCCUCACUGACCUGCAGGUUAUGGAUGGGAGUCAAGUCACCAUGAGCGUUGAACUGUCAGGGACCCCCCCUGCCGAGAUCCUUUGGUUCCAUAAUGGGAAAGAGAUUCAGGAGACGGAGGAUUUCCAUUUUGAGCAGAGUGGUAACGAGCACCGUCUGUGCAUCCAGGAAGUCUUCCCCGAGGACACAGGAACCUACAUGUGCAAAGCCUGGAAUAGUUUGGGCCAAACUGCAACGGAGGCCACCUUAACCGUACAAGAGCCGCAGGAGGGAAUCCAGCCAUGGUUUAUCAGCAAACCAAAGUGCACCAGCGCUUCAGUGGGGCAGAAUGUGAUCCUAUCCUGCGCCAUCGCCGGGGACCCCUUCCCGCGGGUACAAUGGCUGAAGGACGGGCGCGAGUUGCCCCCCGAGCGGAUCCUGCAGAGCGACGACGUCUUCACUCUCAUCCUCAGAAACGUCCAGCAGAGCGACGGCGGCCAAUACCAGAUCACGCUGAUCAAUGCGGUGGGAGAAUGCAGCUGCCGGGUCUCGCUGAUGGUCGAGGGAAGCUCCGGGGGUCCCUCUCAUACACACCAAACCUCCCUGAUUGUCUCUUUCUGUCUCUUUCCCAAUCGGACUCUCAGGCAGAGGGAGCAGCUGCGCUCUUGCGAGAGGGAUGGAUGGGAUGAGGAGGAUGCUCUGAGUCUUGGCAGGACUACUGAGGAGCAACAGGAGAACAUUCGAGGGGUUCUCAAGAGGAGAGUUGAGGUCAAGGAGAGCUCGGAGGAGAAGCUCCGGCAGCAAGAGGCGGAACAAGUCGACUUCCGUAGGGUUCUGGGCAAAAAGGUGAGCACGAGGAGCGUUUCCGAGGAGGAUUUGAAGGACAUCCCACCGGAGCAGAUGGACUUCCGAGCCAACCUCCAGCGGCAGGUCAAACCUAAGGCUGAGGAUGAACGCAAGGUCAAUAGCCCACAGCAGGUGGACUUCCGCUCGGUACUGGGCAAGAAGCCAUCGACUCCCAAAACCCCUCUUCCAGAGAAGGUGGUCGCCAAGGCAGCAACUCCUGACUUCAGGUCGGUCCUCGGUGGCAAGAAAAAGCUUCCCACUGAGAAUGGCAGCCCCAACGACGUUCCACAUGAACAGGGCAAAUCAAAGGUGAACUGCUGCACGGUAGUGGAUGGGGGGGUUGCCAAGAACAGCGUGACCAACAACAGUGUCCCUAAUGCAGCCAAGAUCAGUGUCCUCAGUGUGGACAAGGCCAAUGUCCCAGGUACAGCCAAGAACAGUGUCCCCAGUGUGGACAAGACCAGUGCCCCAGGUACAGCCAAGAACAGUGUCCCCAGUGUGGACAAGACCAGUGCCCCAAGUACAGCCAAGAACAGUGUCUCAAGUGGAUCCAAGGCCAGUUUCCUAGGUGCGGAUAAGGCCGGUGUCCCAAGUGUGGCCAAGACCAGUGUCCCAACUGCAACCAAGACCAAUGUCCCAAGUGUGGACAAGACUAAUGUCCCUGCCGCAACCAAGACCAAUGUCCCAAGUUUGGCCAAGACCAGUCUUCCAACUGCAACCAAGACCAAUGUCCCAAGUGUGGACAAGGCCAGUGUCCCAAGUGUGGACAAGUCUAGUGUCCCUGCUGCAGUCAAGACCAAUGAUAAGGACGUUGCCCCAAGUGCAGACAAGCAGCUAACCCCAAAUGUGGAUAAAGAUAUUGCCCCAAGUUCAGAAAAGGACGUUGCCCCAAGUGUGGACAAGGACGUUGCCCCAAGUUCAGAGAAGGACGUUGCCCCAAGUGUGGACAAGGACAUUGCCCCAAGUGUGGACAAGGACAUUGCCCCAAGUUCAGACAAAGACGUUGCCCCCAGUUCAGACAAGGAUGUUGCCCCCAGUUCAGACAAGGAUGUUGCCCCCGGUUCAGACAAGGAUGUUGCCCCCAGUUCAGACAAGGAUGUUGCCCCCAGUUCAGAGAAGGACGUUGCCCCGAGUUCAGAGAAGGACGUUGCCCCAAAUUCAGAGAAGGACGUUGCCCCAAAUUCAGAGAAGGACGUUGCCCCAAGUUCAGAAAAGGACGUUGCCCCAAGUGCGCCCACAAAACCCGAGUUUUCGGAGGUACUGCAGGAUGUACGUGUUACCGAUGGGGAGAAGCUGGUGUUGCAGUGCCGCGUCACAGCCGAACCACCUCCGACCGUUGUGUGGACUCUGGAUGGAAAAGUCAUCAAGUCCUCCAAGUACAUUGUCCUGUCCCAAGAAGGCUCCGUGUGUUCCCUGAGCAUCGAGAAGACCUUCCCGGAGGACGAGGGGCAGUACCUGUGCGCGGUGGAGAAUGCGGCCGGGAGGGCAGAAUGUGCCUGUAAUGUCACGGUGGAAGAUACCUCGGGCAACAAGGGCAUCAAGAAGAGCAAGAAGCCGAGAAGCAACGCUCCGCUCUCCAACGCAACGGAAAAUGAAGCUACGAUUAAGAAGAAGCCGGCUCCGAAGACCCCCCCCAAAGCAGCAUCUGCCCCUCAGAUCCUACAGUUCCCAGAAGACAGGAAGGUGAAAGCCGGGGAGUCGGUCGAGCUCCUGUGCAAGGUGGGGGGGACCCAGCCCAUUACCUGCAUGUGGAUGAAGUUCAGGAAGGAGAUUAAAGAAAGUGAAUUUAUCAAGAUUGAGAGCACAGAAGAGACCAGUAAGCUGACAAUCUCCUCGGCCCGACAGGAGCACUGCGGCUGCUACACCCUGGUGGCGGAGAACAAACAGGGCAGCAAACAGGCGCAGGUUAACCUGACUGUGUUUGAUAAACCCGACCCGCCGGCGGGGGUGCCCUGUGCCUCCUGUAUGAAGGGCUCGGUGCUCACCCUGUCGUGGUACGGCCCCACGUAUGAUGGGGGCAGUGUGGUCGAGUCCUACUCGGUGGAGAUCUGGGACUCAGUGGGCAAAGUCUGGACGGAUCUGACCUCCUGCCGCAGCACCUCCUUUAAUGUGGAGAAUUUACUGCAGGACAGAGAGUACAAAUUCCGGGUCCGGGCCACUAACAUCCACGGCACCAGCGAACCCAGUCAGGAGUCGGAACCAGUUACCUACAAGGAGAAGGAAGAAGAACACAAAGAAGAAGAGGCAGAAGUUUCAGACGACGAGGAGAAGGAGUCGGAGCCGGAAUACAGGGACGUCACUCUCAACAGCAGCGAGAAAGUGACCGACUACUACGAUGUGGAGGAGAGACUGGGCACGGGCAAAUUUGGCCAAGUCUUCCGAAUCGUAGAGAAGAAGAGCAGGAAAAUCUAUGCCGGGAAGUUCUUCAAAGCCUAUUCGGCCAAAGACAAGGAGGGCAUCCGGCAAGAAAUUGCCAUCAUGAACUGCCUGCACCACCCCAAGCUGGUCCAGUGCGUCGACGCGUUUGAGUCCAAAGCCGACAUGGUGAUGGUUCUGGAACUGGUCUCGGGCGGGGAACUCUUCGAGCGAAUCAUUGACGAGGAUUUUGAGCUGACGGAGCGGGAGGUGAUUAAGUACAUGAAGCAGAUCUGCGAGGGGGUCGAGUUCAUCCACAAACAGGGGAUCGUGCACCUCGACCUCAAACCCGAGAACAUCAUGUGCGUCAAUAAGACUGGCACCAAGAUCAAACUCAUCGACUUCGGCCUCGCCCGCAGAUUGGAGAGCUGCCCGAACCUCAAAGUGCUUUUUGGAACCCCUGAAUUUGUAGCCCCCGAAGUGAUAAACUACGAGCCGAUUGGUUACUCGACGGACAUGUGGAGCAUCGGGGUCAUCUGCUACAUCUUGGUCAGUGGACUUUCUCCAUUCAUGGGGGAUAAUGACAAUGAAACGCUGGCGAAUGUAACUUCGGCCACUUGGGACUUCGAUGAUGAAGCCUUUGAUGAAAUAUCUGAAGAAGCCAAAAACUUAAUCAGCAGUUUGUUGAAGAAGGACAUGAAGAAUCGGCUGAACUGUACCCAGUGCCUCCAGCAUUCGUGGCUACAGCAGGACACUGCCACAAUGGAAGCCAAGAAACUCUCCAAAGACAGGAUGAAGAAAUAUAUGGCUCGGAGGAAAUGGCAGAAAACCGGGCACGCAGUGAGGGCAAUCGGACGUCUCUCCUCUAUGGCCAUGAUCUCUGGGCUGAGCGCCAGGAAGUCAUCGGGCAGCGCCCCCAGCAGCCCCCUGUCUGCGGAGCUUGAAGCCAAUGAAGAAGACAACCAGGCUUUCCUGGAGUCGGUGACAGAGGAGAAGCCCCCCGCAAAGCCUUUCUUCACGAAGACCAUUCUGGAUAUCGAAGUCGUGGAAGGGAGCGCCGCGAGGUUUGACUGCAGAAUUGAGGGGCACCCCGACCCGGAGGUGAUUUGGUACAAGGACGACCAACCCAUCAAGGAGUCUCGGCACUUCCAGAUCGAUUACGACGAGGACGGUAACUGCUCCCUGACCAUCUCGGAAGUUUGCGGCGACGACGACGCCAAAUACACCUGCAAAGCCGCCAACAGCCUGGGGGAUACGACCUGCACGGCCGAGCUGAUUGUAGAGGUGAUGGCGGAGGAGGAGGAGGAAGAGGAGGAGGAAGAGGAGGAGGAGUAAAACACGGACUCCGCCCGGAGCACUAACUGAGCACAACUCACGGGGAAUUCAACCAUUUAAUCCCCAGAAAAACUUUGCUUUAUUUUUUUUUAAUUUUUCCAGAACAAAAGUGGAGUGAGAACAUUUUGCUUCAAUUUCACUGAUUGGACCUUAGAUCCCGGCCCGAUACCAGGAGAGGUUCAUCCUUCCAGGCCCGGCCAUCGCCAGAGCUCGGCCAACAAAUCCAAAAUGGUGGAGCUCGGCCCUCCGGCACCGUUAGCAGAUGCCCCAGGGCAGGGCUGGAAACUGACAGGAAUCAGAACCAGAAACUCACUGGAUCUCCAGGGCCUUCUCUGCACUUACCAGAUAUGGGCCAGGACAGGGGGAUAGUGGGGGCAAGAGCCGAGCGAGAAGGGGGCAGGGGGUGGUAACAUUCCCGUAGGUUCUGUAGUUCUACAGUCAUAGUACCUAUACCGUAGAACCGCUACCUUAGUACCGUUACCUUAGAACUGAUACGUUAGAACCGAUACCUUGGUACCGAUACCUUAGAACUGAUACCUUAGAACCAAUACCUUAGUUCCGAUACCUUAGUACUGAUACCUUAGAACUAAUACCUUAGUACUGAUACCUUAGAACCGAUACCUUAGUGCCGAUACCUUAGAACCCAUACCUUAGUUCCGAUACAUUAUAACAGAUACCUUAGAACCAAUACCUUAGUACUGAUACCUUAGAACUAAUACCUUAGUACUGAUACCUUAGAACUAAUACCUUAGUACUGAUACCUUAGAACCGAUACCUUAGUGCCGAUACCUUAGAACCUGAUACCUUAGAACCGAUACCUUUGUACCGAUACCUUAGAACUAAUACCUUAGUACUGAUACCUUAGAACCGAUACCUUAUAACAGAUACCUUAGUGCCGAUACCUUAGAACCUGAUACCUUAGAACCGAUACCUUAGAACCGAUACCUUAGUACCAAUACCUUAGUACCAAUACCUUAUAACUAAUACCUUAGUACCAAUACCUUAGAACUGAUACCUUAGUACCGGCUCAGUGGUUCCUUCCAUAGAUCACCCAAGCAGUUUCCAGGGGCCCCAUGAUGGACUUGGGGGGUCAUUAUUCCGUAAAUAGGGUUAAAGAGGAAUUUUUCCCUAUAAUGAAUAUUAUUCCCCUUGAACAGAACCCAAAGUAGAACCCAGAUUGGCAUCUCGGAAGACUAAGGGCCCAGUUGACUUGUCUUAAAUCUGAUUGGCUCUCCGAUGUUAUGAUGUCACAAGCAGGGGUAAUUUACAUCCGCUAAGGGCAAAUAUAGAAGCAGCAGUGAUGCCAUCAUUUGGGUCGAGUACUGUAACCAAGGCAAAUGGGCCCUUUCUCCGGUUCUGGAGCUGUUGUUACCUGCUGUGCAUUCAGGAUACCCCGGGGGCAGGGGUUGGGGGGUAAGUGCAGAGGAAGCUCUGUAAGAUGAAGCGAUGAUCCAGCACCGGUGCCAAAUGAACCGCUCUCCGGGUUCUGAUUCUCAUCAACAGGACCGACGACCCGGGGACCCUCUUCUUCUACGUGACGUGAGAUUCGCACUCAGAUUUGACUUCACAUUUAAGCACUUUGUUUUCUUUGUUUCCGAGGUUGUUUGGGGGGGGGGGGCCGUGUCCCAUGUUGCCUGUGUGUGGGGCAAUGGGUCAGAACCAGCACCUGGGGAGGGGGGCACCAACCGGGGUGCUGGGAAUAUCCAUGUGGGGGGGCAGCGUUAGGAGUGAUUGGUCCCAUUGGAAUGUUAUAGGGUCGGGCACAAGCGCAGGAAUGACCCCCAAAUGCCUCCUGAUUGGCACAAGGAUUCGGAAUCCGGGGGCCCCAUUCUAGGACUAUUUCCCCUUCACCCCAAUAAUUUCCCCUAGACCCCAAUCCGAUCAAAGAGCCCAAAUAUUUUGUUUUUAUACUAUAUUCAUUUCCCCAUUGGCUGUGUGUAACAUUUCCAUUCAGUUUUGUUCUAUUUUAGUGAGUUUUUUUUUACUCUUCAGCCGGACUUUUAUGCUGGUCUGGUUGCUAUGGUGCCACUGACCCUAACAACCACGCACUGGAUUACACGACAUAAGAUGAACGAGAAAGGCCUAAAAAUAAUAAAUAAAUUAUAAAUAAUAAUAAUAAUAAUGUAGCCUUUACUUUUGGUUGCCGGUGUCACUCACCCUAGCAACAGGACAGCUUGAGAGAGAGACAGAAGAACUGACAAAGAUGACUAAAUCCUUAGGAAAACUUUCCCUUUAAAUGGGGCAAAUCAAUAAGAAUCAUUCCUGAGUUUUUGUCCCCAGAUAAGAAUGAGCGUUAUUAUAGCAACCUGGCAAACAAGAGGUUAAACCCAGUUCUAAGGGAGACGUUGCCCCCCCCCCCCGCCCCCACGGAAUGGACGCGGCUCCGUAUAUGGGACCGUUUUUACGUGUACAAAUGUCACUAGAACCGCGCUCGCCUGUUAUUAUUAUUAUUAUUAUGUUUUUCUGAUGUAUUUUAUUGAAAAUGCACAAUUCUUCCUUUUUUUGUCAGUUUGUAUAAGAAUUUUGGGGGAUUUUGAGAAUGUAGCUGCUCACGUAAUAAGUAAAGGUCUCACACAGCAUGCUUUCUAUAA